AUGUCUGAACGAGGUAAAGGAGGCAAAGGUUUGGGAAAGGGGGGAGCAAAGCGUCAUCGCAAAGUGUCGCUUGACAACAUCCAUAGAAUCACAAAGCCCGCAAUCAGACGUUUGGCACGCAGAGGAGGUGGUGUCAAACGUAUAUCGGGAAUCAUCUACGAGGAAACUAGAGGAGAUCUCAAAGUAUUCUUGGAGAAUGUUAUCCGUGACGCCGUGACAUACACCGAGCAUGCCAAAAAAAAGACUGUUACAGCCUUGGACGUCGUGUACGCUCUGAAAAGACAAGGACGAAUCCUCUACGGGUUCGGCGGUUAG